AUCGCCUAAGGGGAAAUUAAAUGAAAAUAGAAACAGCACAACAGUACUGUAAUGCCAGCAUUGUUUUAGUGGAAAAUUCCUUAAAUUCACAUCAUAUUAAUGUAAUCACUAAUUAAGUAUACAAAAUAAACAAUGGGUCAGACUUUGUCUGAACCUGUAACGACAAAGUUAACAGCAACAUGUCAGAAUUCAUUUGCUAAAGUUGGCUCUUCAUGUAUGCAGGGAUGGAGAAUAAAUAUGGAAGAUGCCCACACAGAAUUACUGUCAAUGCCAGGAGAUAAAGAUACACACUUCUUUGGUGUCUAUGAUGGACAUGGAGGUGCCAGAGUUGCUCAGUACGCAAGCCUACACUUACACAAGAAAAUAUUAGCACAACCUUAUUACUCUCAGGGAAAUAUUAGUGACUCAAUACGAAGGGGCUUUUUAGCUCUGGAUGAAGAAAUGAUGAAAGAUGAGUUAAUGAAAGAUGAGUUGGCAGGUACAACAGCUGUGAUAGCUAUCAUUAAAGGCAGUGAUAUAUACUGUGGAAACGUUGGUGAUUCUCGUGCAGUAGCCAGUGUACGAGGUGUUGUGGAACAAUUAUCAUACGAUCAUAAACCAAGCAAUGAGUUAGAGGCUCGACGUAUAACAGCAGCUGGGGGCUUUGUGGAAUUCAACAGAGUUAAUGGUAAUUUAGCUUUAUCAAGAGCAUUAGGAGAUUUUGUAUUCAAGAAAAAUGAAACCAAAAGACCAGAAGAACAAAUAGUAACUGCUUAUCCUGACGUUGUACAGAAACGUAUAACAUCUGACCAUGAGUUUAUUGUUCUUGCCUGUGACGGUAUCUGGGAUGUAUUAACUAACCAGGAGGUUGUCACUUUUGUCAGGAGCAGGAUUGCUCAGGGAAUGCAACCAGAUAUGAUUUGUGAAGAAUUAAUGACUCGAUGUUUAGCUCCAGAUUGUGAGAUGGGAGGUUUAGGCUGUGAUAAUAUGACUGUCAUUAUCGUGUGUUUUCUUAGUGGAGGAACAUACGAUGACCUCGUUAAACGUUGUCAACGACCCAGUCCUGCUGGUCCUGUAACAAAUAUGACAAAUGUACGUCGUGGUAGAGACCAACUAUGAUAAGUGUGUAUGUUAGAUUAUCACUUUAAUAAAAAGGGUUUUGUUGUUAAAUCAAGUCCAAAGAACAAUGUUUUCUACAGAGCCUUUUAUAACAGACAGUUACAUUAACAUAUUGCACUACUGAUACAUAGAAGGAAAUACUUUUCUCUAAAACUAGUUAAUUUCUUUUUCAUUUUGAUCACAUGUUACAGAUAGUUUUUCAAGGCUUUGCUUAAAAAUUCUCAAUCUCUGUUGGGUCCAUUAUUUGUAAUUGUAUUUUUUAUUAAACUUCCGUUUUUGAAACCAAUGCUUCAAUUUGAACUGAACCAUGAGUCAUACUAUUAUAACUUGGGGGAUUCUGAUUUAUAUUGAUUCACUGACUAAAAUGGAUAUAAUAAAUAAUAUAUCAGAAGAAAACCAAAUAUCCAUAUCUAAGAAAGACAAACUGCACUUUUCAACUUCUCUAUGUAUCAUGUGUCAUUUAAAUAACAUUUCUGAUAUGUUAUUUUGAAGCGGUCCCAAUAAAAUGUAAUACUUCUAUGAGUUGUAUAUAUAUAUAAAGUAUCAUCUUAAGCCACCAAAGAACUGUCCCAUGUCUAAGAUAAUGUAAAUAAGAAUUUUAUGAUAUAUAUAUUUAUUUAUUAAACCUGUUAUGGCAUGGAUAUAGUAUACUAAAUUAUUUGUUUUUAUUUUCUUGCAUUUUCACAAACGCUUUUGAGCAGUACCUCAGAACUUAUGAUUUGUCUUUCAAGCCAUGAUCUCUGUAACACAUAGUUCUUUUUUGUACACAUUGUAAAUAUCAACUAUAAAACAUAACUUGUAAUCUAAAAAAAACAUAUGAUGUAUGCAAAAUAUCCACUUAUUAUCAUGUGUGUUACUAUAAAUAGAUUAACAUGUGUACUUCUGUUACAUAGUAUUUUCUUUACUCCAUAAAAUGUAGAUUGAUUCACAACACAAAUUCUAGGCUUUCAAGAAGGAAAAAAGUGGUUCUGAACUUUAUUGUAGCCUUUGGUAAAUUAACAACAAUUUAAGUUAGUUUAGUGACAGAUGUAUGCAGUAAGUGCUUAAUAUACUUUAUAGAGACAUGUUUGUGUCCUAUCAUUCUGUGUAAAUUAUUUCAUUGUUUUAUUUUUACUUAUCAUAUAUCCAUGAAAUGGCUCUUUUACUUAUCAUAUAUCCAUGAAAUGGCUCUAUGUUUAUUAAAUACACUUUGUAGUUUUGAAUUAAUUGUAGAAACACUUACACAUACUAGACAAGACUGUUUAUAGAUAUUCCGCACUGAUUCUGACAGGAAAACAAUAGUUUUUCACAAAUAAAGUACUGAUUUUUCUAAAAUAUCCUGUUUAUUUUAUUGUGAAAAGUACAUGCAAUAAGAAUCUUGGAUGCUAUGGAAAAAAUAUGUAAAAAAUUCUAUAUUUGUUUGGUUUUCACUUUUGUGAACAAUAUUGAUGAUAAAAAUAUAGAAAACAGACUAAUUCCAGUUUCUAUUUGUUAGUGAUUGUUCUGUGACCUUAUAAAAUAAUUAACAUUUUUCCUAUUAUUUACUUGACACUAUAUCAUAUAAAAUGUAUUUCUUCGUAAUUUUUGUUAACCUGAAAAUCUAAACUAUGAUAAAUCCAGCUCCAAUGUUUCAUUUGGAGCUAAAAGUAACUUUAUUGCUUAUCACAUUUCAUUGUACAUUUAAAGUUGUAUAAAGUAUAUAUAACAAUUUCAGGUGUGAUAGUUUUAUGGAAUGAUAUUUCUAGGGAUUAAUUUUACAAUAUAAUUUGUUUUUAAUGGUUCAAUCUUAUUUUUUUAGAAAUAAAGUGGCAAUACAGGUCUCAUUUCCCACCUUCCUCCCUGUCAGACAUAUUUUCAAAACAUAUCUUUUGUAUUAACCAAUUUUUUCAGGCACUAAAUAUCCAUGAAAUACUUGCUACUGGACGUUAAUGCUAGCAAUAAUAAAUCACUGAAUCCUAGAAAUUGUACCUGUGAAAUAAAUUUCUUCUCUCACUGUGAAUCAGUAAAAAAAAAUAUUACUGCAAAAAGUUAUGUGGAAACUUUAGAUAUGUGAUAAAAACAUGGCAUUUAGCACAACAAAUAUGAAAAGGGGUAGAAACCGAGGAAAUAAACAUUUUAGCAGCACAUUACAAAUUAUGGACAAAAAUUAACUGCUUUUCUCCAUUGAUUUUUUUAGGAUUUAUUUUUUUAUAUCUUAAAUAGUCCCUUGUAAGGCUGUUAUUAUCUUUGUUUUGAAGUGAUUCACAAAUUAGUUAUAACAAUGACCGCCAAACAUACAGAAUUUGUUAGAUAGUUUUUGUUAAAAAUUCUGUAUUUGUACGUAGUGCUCAUGAGGUGAAAAAUACACCUAGUUUUGUUGUGAAAUAAAAACAAAAUGUUUGAUA